AACUAAAAUGGAAUGAUAUAAAUUUUGAACACAUUUUUAAAAAAUGGUUUCACUGCCAAGCUAAGCAGAAAGCAACAGCGGAGUGUGUGUGCUGGUGUUGUGGUCAGCAUGCACAUCCUGCAAGCGUUGGAGUUCAAAUGUUGCAGCUGACGAUGCAAACUUCGAUCCUUAACGUAAACCGGAGGCAAGGUGAUCUGUGUCCGACUGUGAUUAUUUCUUUUAAAUCAAGAACGGAAGUGAAAUUCGAAUCAACUCCUCUCAUCAGGACUUAUUCGGGCAACGGAUCACAACUGUGUGAACAGAACAACCUUCCAAGUUUGACUUACGUGUCACGGUUUUCAGUUGAGUGGAGCCAUAGGUUAACCCGACGCCAUGGCCCAGUGCCCGGACAACUCAGACGAUUCCGAUGAAACCUUUUACUGUCCUGACACAGACAAGGAUCCCGGCGAGUCGCGCUUCCCCGACAGUCUCAGCGAAAACGACGAGGACGAUGACUUCUACGAGCGCAACUACAAUCGUGGCGCCGGUCUCGCCGUACGACCUGUACGUCGAGAUGCCCGACCCGGUGACGCAGGAGAUGCGCGUUUUCCGCGUGCCCGGCCUGCAGGCCGACCCUGACACCCUGCGCUUCCUCACCCAGGACUUCCACUGGCCACAGACUCAGGUCUUACCGGCCGAGGCCCUGAACGGCAAUGACCUUCACGACCGCGGCCUGCUGGGCCAGCAGGAGGCCGCGCCGGACCCGUGGCGCACAGAGCCGACGGGGGAAGCCCCGGCCGGCACGGGCCACGCGGGUGCGACCCCCGCCCUGGACACGACUAGACUGGACUCGCAAGACCUGGACUGGUCCCAAACGCAAGCCGAAGGGGUGGCCAUGGACAUGAUGGAGGCUCCGAAGCACUCGGGGAACUCCAUGGAACUGGGCAGCUCCAGCCAGGACGGCGCCGUGGCGGCCCUGCAGCAGGUGGGCUCCUCCGGCUCUUCGGAGGGGCGGCCGGUGCCGUCCGUGCCGUCCUUCGACGACGACCUCGCGCUGCCGCCCGCCCCGCAGUGGCCGCUCCCCCGGGAGGAGCAGCUCAAGAUGGAGGAGAUCGUGGCCUCGCUGAGCUGCAUGAGCGUCAACCUGGUCGCCAACGGCAAGCAGGCAUGCCUCCCGCGACCCACUGCGCCGCCGCCUUCCUCGCAGUCCAGGAGCCCCACGUACAACGCGGCGCGCCGGCAGCGGAGGCGUGGUCGGCCGCGGGCACUGCGAGGCGCGGGGCCCAACGACGCCAAGAGCACCGGCAUCGCCACCGUGCAGCAGGCCGGGCAGGCGCUCCAGGGCUGCGUCGGGGGCGCCAAGCGGAAGCGAUCCGGCCUCGGCGCGCCCACCAGGAGUGGCAGCUUUGGCCCAGACUCUCAGCAGCGCGCCAGCCCCGCCAACCAGAAAGUCUUCAGCUGCAGCCCGUCCUCGCCGCCGCGGCGCAAGGUUCGCAAGACAUUCGGGCCGCCGACGUCAGCCAGCAGCACGGCGGGCAGGGCUGAAAUGAUUGCAACGUAUACACGGCUACGCGACCUGCGAUUCCGAAUGCACGACAUCAUUGGAGGCAAAGAAGCUCUCCCUACGGCCCAGGAAGUGGAAAGUCUGCGGCAGGAGGUGCUAGUCAUCAUUGGCAACAUGGAGCAAUCCGAGCCAAUCCGAAUUUUUUUUUUUAACCCUCUCAAGCAGGCCCACAUCAGAAAACAGGAAGCUCGACAGGUAGCUGACAAGCUUUUACAUCAGUUACGAGUAAUUGCUGAAGUUCAGAGCCAGAGCAAUGAUGAUACUGAUUGCACCACAUCAUGUCACAACACCAAUGUUGAGCUUCCUUUUCAAUCCCUGUCAAUUGACCCAACACUUGAGUCAAAAGUUAGUCCUCAAGAAAAGAAGACAGGCGUACAUCCAAUCACUAGUCAGAAUUUAAAAAAUGAAAACAUACCGAAAAAAUCUGUUAAAGAGAAAAAACAGAAAUGUGAGAAACAGAAAACUGAUUCAAAGAAAGCUGGAGAUUAUCUUAAGCAAAGUGAAGAAAACUCUGUAGGCACAAGUAAUGAUGUUGAAGUUAACCAUGAUUCAGCAAAAAAUGUUUGGCGUAGCUGUAUAACUCCUUUAUAUGAUAAGAGAACUGACACUGAAGGACAGCUUGGUGUUGUCAUUGUUGAAGAAACAGAAGAGAACCUUCAUGAGGAGACUGUCACUGAUAGAUGCACAGAAAUUCCUCAAACUGAGAUUUUCUCUGAAGCUGUUCUCAGCAAUACUGUUUCGAGUGAGGAAAACAAGAUAAGCGCCAGUUUUCCAUCAAUGACAGACAACCGCAAGGAUUCCACAAGUUCCAAACCAGUGUGUGAGCCGCAGACAGAAGAAAUAGAUCCCGCCAAACAAGAAGAAUAUCAGUACAUAGUAGGUCUCAUUAAAUCAAAAGCUGCAACUUCAUUAACAAUGAAGACUUUGGAGAACGAUGAUACUGCACAAGAGAUUGAUUUCACUUGUAGCAGUGGCCCUAUGAUGCUGACUGGUAUACUUCUACCUAAACAAUCUGAACUAGAACCAAUUCUUAAUUUACCUGAAAACUUCUGGGGGAACCCACAGGCCCCAAUUCCUGAAGAAUGGAUUAACAUGCUGGAAUGGGAAGAUUAGGAAUUGAGAAAAUCUAUGGAAAAUACU